GUUUGUAUGCAUGUAUCAGCCGACUCAAUGAGCAGGGCAGAGCCGGCAGGGGCAGUCGGCAGGGGCAGUCAGUGGGCAGAGCAGCGCGGGAGUAGAUCUUCGCCGUGGCAUAAUCACAGUGAAUGGAGCGCCGCCUCCCGCGUCCCGACUUGCCAAGAUGAGUUCAAAAUUCGACGGCUUGCUGAUCCAGCUUGGAACCGGCAAGUGGAAUCUGCUGUACUUCAUCGCGUCCUCCUACUGGUGUCUCCUGGUGCCGCCGCAGUUCAUCAACGGGGUUUACGUGGCUCCGCCCAUCCCCUAUACGUGCCGCCCACCGCCCGACGUCAACGCUACUUCUGUGUCCGAGUAAGGAUUCACGCCCACGCCCACGGUGGGGGAGUGUUGGCAGCGCCUGUGCGGAUAGGAACUCGUGCAAGUACUCAACCAACGGGUCUUCAGGCGUCGAGGAGGAGCUUCCCUGCACCGAGUGGGACUUCGAUACCUCCGUCUUCACCUCCACUCUGACGUCCUAGUUUGACCUGGUGUGCGAGCGAGAACACCUCCAGGCUACUUAUCAAGGGAUCUACAUGCUGGGCACCUUCGUCAGCCCUCUCCUGGGUGGCUACUUGGCAGACAGGUACGGACGUCUUGUGGUUGUGAUCAUAACCCAGGCGGUUGUGACGAUAACCUCCGUGGGGAUCGUCUUCCUGUCAAACUUCACUCUAAUCUUGGCCGUUCGCUUCGUCAUGGGUUCCGUUAACCUCCUCACUUUCUUCGUGCUGGCUAUGGAGGUGUGUGAGCCAAAGCACCGUUCUACCGUGGGCAUUUUGAUCGGCCUGCCAUGGGCACUGGGUACCAUGUGGUGGGGUAUGAUGGCGUAUUUCAUUCGGGACUGGAGAUGGCUACAGCUCGCAGUGUCCCUCCCUACGCUGCUGGUGUUCCCGUUCUUGUACGUGAUGGACGAGUCCCCGCGUUGGCUCAUCGUCCGAGGGCACCACGAGAAGGCCCUGAAAGUCCUGCAGAAGGCCGCCCGAUGGAACAAGGCGACCUUACCGCCGGCGAGCAACCUUUACGCCCUCAUGUCUGACAUCCAGGAGGAGUCCACAACCGCGAAGCGCAAGCCUAAAGCAGGAGACAAAAGUAAGAAGUGCAGGUUCCUCAGCGUGCCUGCCUUAUUCAGCACCCGCGAGAUCGCCACCAUCACGGCCGUCGCGUGCCUGGACUUCUUCGCCGUGUCCCUGGUCUUCGACGGCCUCAACCUCAGCGGCGCCAACUUCAGCGCCGACCCCUUCCUCUACAUCAUCCUCGGGGGCCUGAUGGAGGUGCCCGGGUACUCCCUGACGGCGCCCCUCAUUCAGCGCUGCGGCAGGAGGGGCCCCACGUCCGCCAGCUACCUCGUCUGCGGCGCCUUCAUCCUCGCGCUCGCUUUUAUACCUACUGACAUCUCCUGGCUGGUGAUGACGUUGGCCAUGUCGGGAAAACUGUGCAUCAGCGGCGCCUACCAGAUCGUCUACGUUUAUUCGACCGAACUUUUCCCGACGGAGGUGCGGUCACAGGGCAUAGGGGCGGCUAGCGUGUUUGCCCAACUCGCGUCUACCAUUUCUCCUUAUAUUACGUCGUUCCUGGGCCCCAUCCUUCCCUGGGUGCCGUCCCUCGUGUUCGGAGGAGCUGCCCUGGUCGCCGGCUUGGGGACGCUCGCCCUGAGGGAGACUCUGGACGUCCCACUGCCAGACACCAUCACGGACCUGACGGCGUUGAGGAACAAGAUCAGAUGCUUUGUUUUAAUUUGUGUAAGAAAGUGGUUUUUGCCAUAUAUUAACAUUUAG